AUGGAAACUCGGCCAAUCGCCCUCUCUCUCGUGUCGCUCGCCCGGGACAUGCGAAUCGGGUUGGUUGUCGUUGGCCCCGAUGACGACGUUGUGGCGGGCAUUGAAGGCUUUUUCCGCGACAGUGGAAUGCCAUGUUUCGCGCCAGCCAGAGAAGCAGCCGAGCCGGAAGGAUCCAAGACCUUUGCCAAGGACUUCAUGAAGCGACAUGGAAUCCCUACAGCUGCCCAGCGGCUUGGCGGCUGGCAAGGGCGUCAUCCUCCCCCGGCAUACGAAGCCUUGGACGACAUCAUGGUCAAAGCGAGAUUUGACUCUGCAGGGUCUUCUGUUGUCAUCGAAGAGUUCAUGGAAGGGGAAGAGAUCAGCAUCCUGACCUUUAGCGAUGGAAAGACCACAAAGACGCUGCCCCCGGGACAGGACCACAUACGGAUCUUUGAAGGCAACACCGGGCCCUACACGGGUGGCAUGGGCGUGUACGCACCGACGCCGUUCAAUUCCGCCAAAUACUUGGCUGGGAUCGAAGAUAAGAUCCUUCAGCCUACGUUUGCGGGCUUGCGGGACGAAGAACGCGCAUUCAAAGGCAUGUUGUUCACAGGCGUUAUGAUGACACGUACCGGCCCCAAAGUGCUUGAGUACGAUGUUAGAUUUGGAGAUCCUGAGACGCAAACCAUGAUGCUGCUCUUGGCAGAGGAUGUAGACCUCGCUUCUGUGCUCUUCGCCUACACCUUGGGGACUCUGGACAGCAUCACUCUUGCCGUCCGACCAGGAUACGCUUGCAACGUCGUCGUCGCCUCGGGAGGCUAUCCGGGGACGCAUGAGACUGGAAAUCCGAUCACUAUCGAGAGCGUGCCGCAUGGACAGCAGAUAUUCCAUGCCGGAACAAGACUUGUUGAUGAGCGGCUGGAGACGGCAGGCGGAAGAAUUUUGUCAGUGGCUGCCUUGGGGGCCGCCCUUGAAGACGCUGUCAAUUCUGCCUAUAAAGGAAUCGAAGGUGUAAGAUUUAAGGGAAUGUACUAUAGAAAGGACAUUGCAGGGCGAUGGAAAAGCCAUGCCCUGUAA